AUGAAUGGGACAGCUAAUCUUGGGGCCUCGGAUAGUCAGAUGCAGCGGCAGCCGUCGCAGAAUGACACCGGGUCCGAGCAUCCGAGGAGUCCUAGUCCGCUGAGCGUUCGACAUGAUUCAGCAGAAUCGAGUGUGAUAUCGCCAGGCCUCCCGGAGCGUUACAGUCCCAUGGGCACGACGGGCUCGGCCUCGAGUCACGACCCCUACGCAUCCCGUUCAGUGCAAGAGUGUCCAGUGCCUCUCUGUCGAGGAAUACCAACAGACUUCCCCAUGGCGCGAUCACCGUACCUGACGGCCCUGGGAAACGGUCACUCCCAUCUCCUCCAGGUGCAGCAACAGCACGUCCAGCAGCAGCAGCAGCAGCUCACUCAGUCCCAUCAACAGCAACAGCAGCAGCAGCAGCAACAGCCCCAGCACAGCAGUAAACCCCGGAGUUUGGGGCUGAUUUGCGUGGUCUGCGGGGACACCAGCUCGGGGAAGCACUAUGGGAUCCUCGCUUGCAACGGCUGCAGUGGCUUCUUCAAAAGAAGCGUCCGCAGAAAGCUCAUCUACCGAUGUCAAGCGGGAACUGGCAGAUGCAUUGUGGAUAAGGCGCACAGAAAUCAGUGCCAAGCGUGUCGUCUCAAGAAGUGCAUGCAAAUGGGCAUGAACAAAGAUGCUGUGCAGAACGAGAGACAGCCGAGGAAUACCGCGACAAUUAGACCUGAGGCUUUGGUGGAAAUGGAUCAGGAGAGAGCUUUGCGGGAAGCUGCUGUUGCUGUUGGAGUUUUCGGACCACCGGUUUCUUUGGCUAUGGCACGGUAUGCGGCGCCCAUGCCACUUCCGGCGAUGCAACCCACUCCCAAUACGACGAGCACCUCUUCACCGCCGCGGCAGGAUGUGGAGGAUGGCAAUGCAUCAGAAGACAGCAUAGACGUGACAAACGAGGAGCCCUUAACACCGCAGCGAAAUUUGUGCCCCCAAUUGCCCCCCGUGAUGCCCUCAUUAUACUCCCCAGCGAGUGCAGAAACGGUAUACGAGACUAGUGCCCGUCUCCUCUUCAUGGCUGUUAAAUGGGCCAAGAAUCUCCCGUCAUUCGCAAGUUUACCGUUUCGCGAUCAAGUGAUUCUGCUCGAGGAGGCGUGGUCCGAGCUUUUUCUCUUGAAUGCAGUGCAAUGGUGUCUUCCACUCGAGUCGUCUCCACUCUUCAGUGCUGCUGAGCUCACAGCGUUGACACUGUCGCCACACUCUCAUCCGCAUUCUGGGAUGCACACACCAAAUGGGGGUAAACCUAGUCAAGUGGCUGCCGAUGUUCGACACCUGCAUGAUACACUUCAGAGAUACAAGGCUGUUAUGGUCGAUCCGGCUGAGUUUGCUUGUAUGAAGGCUAUUGUGCUCUUCAGACCAGAAACUCGUGGACUGAAAGAUUCGAGUCAAAUCGAGAAUCUGCAGGACCAGGCCCAAGUGAUGCUGGGCCAGCACGCACGAACCCAGCAACCAGGCAGUCCCGCAAGAUUCGGAAGACUCCUGCUGAUGCUGCCCCUAUUGAGAACAGUUCCAGCAGCUCGAGUAGAAUUAAUCUACUUCCACAGGACGAUUGGUAACACUCCCAUGGAGAAAGUCCUGUGUGAUAUGUACAAGAAUUGAGUAGUUAUUCACGAAUGAACGGUCGCGCACGAAAAAAUAUCACAGAGGAAGCUAGCGAAUUCGAUAGAAAAUUCUGUUGGAUUUCUAUUGAACUUUUAUUGGGAAUUUUAUUAGUUUUCGGCGGAUUCUACUGAUGAAUUCCGCAGCUACACUGCGCCUUUUUGUAGGAAACGUGCAAUAGAAACUAUUUUACAGGAAAAAUCAGUAGAAUGUCAUCUUUUUAUACAAUUUUUUCUAUCGAGACAU